AUGCAAACAGAAACUCAAUCUGAUAAUAGUUUAUCAAAAAAAAAUGUUUACGAAGAAAUGAUAAAUCUAAAAAAUGAUUUUGCUUUGUUAAAGGAAAACAUAAAAGAAGAAAAAAAAUUUAGAGAAAUGAAAAAAGAAAAUUUAGAUCUAUUAAAUUUAAAUUGUAAUGAAAUGUGUAAUAACUCUAUUGAUGAAAAUGGAAUAGUAAAUAAAUUUCUAAUUAAUGAUUCAAUUGAAAAUAAUACAAAUGAUAUUUUCGGUAAUGUGAAAGAAGAUAAAUUAAAUGAAAAACGUAAUGUUAAAAAAAAUGAGCUAAAUAUAAAUAAUAUAACAGAAGAUAGUGAUGAGAAAAUCAAGGAUAAUAUUCAUAAUUUUAAUUUAAUUGAGGAUAACAGUAGUUCAAAUGAAACAAAAGAAGAAAAAUCAGAAGAUAAUAAAAUGAAAAUGAAAAUUCAAAAUUUAAUUAAAUUAAUAGACCUUUUAAAAUUACAAAUAAAUAAAAAAGAUCAAGAAAUUUAUAAGAUGGAAAUAGAUUUAAAGUUAAAAGAAAAAAAUGAAGAGAAAAUUUUGAAUUUAGAUGAUAUUAUAGAAGAAAAUAGUAAUAAUUUAGAAAAAACAGAUAGAGAUAAUUUUUUGGUAAAUAAAAUGAAAAAUAUGCUUAUUUCUCAAAAUGAAGAAAUAGCAGCUUUGAACGAAGAAUUGAAAAAAAAAUCUAAGGAGAUAUUUUACUUAACUGAAGAAAAUACUGCAAAAAAUGAAAAAUUAGUUGAAUUAAAAAAAGAAAUAGAAACUAAUUACAUGUAUCUAAAAGAAUACAAACAUUUUCAAAAAGAGUUAGAAAUGGAUGUGAAUAAUAAAAUUUACAACGCAGAAAAUUACUUAAACAUAACAAAUCAGAAAUUAAAAGAAAAUAAUAUUAACAUAAAGGAAAAGGAUUUAAAUAUUGAAAAGCAAAGAAGAAUUAUAAAAGAAUUAAAUAAUGAACUAAAAAAAAAGGAAGAAAAAAUUUCUGAUCUAAGAGGUAUUAUCGAAAAUAUUGAAUUAAAUAAUAACAGAGACAUAAUAAAAUAUAAACAAAAUAAUAUGGAUUUGAUAAAUAGAUUAAGUUUAAAUAAUUCCUUAAUUAAUAACCAGAAAAUAGAAAUAGAAAACAUGCACAUAAAUUAUAAACAAUUAGAAGAAGAAUUAAAAAAUAAAGACAAUGAGUUAAAAAAAUUGCAUAGAAAUCUUUUAGUUAAGGAUGAGGAAAACAAUAAAACGAUACAUGAUUUGAAUAGAUUAAAAUUUGAUUUAGAAAUAAAAAAUAUUAAUUUUAUUAACAUAAAAAAGAAAAUAAAAAACUUAAAAAAAGAGUGUUCUCUUAAUUUAAAAAAACAAAAAGGGCAUUAUAUUUCUGUUAUUAAUCAAAUGUGCAAAGAAAAAGAUGAUAUUAUAAAGAGUCAUAUAGACGAAAUGUCUAAAUUAAAAAAUAAUUACAAUGAAAUACUUGUUACUAAGGAAAAUAUGAAAAAUGAAAUAAAUAAUUUGAAUGAUGAGAUUUUAAAAAAAUGCAGUGAAAUAGAAAAAUUACAAGAUAAAUUGCUAGAUUGUGAAUCAAAAUUAUUAAUAUAUGAAAAUAAUAAUGAAAUUAAAAUACUAAAAAAAAAUGAGGAUCACUUAAGAAAAUUGUUAAAUAAGCAUAUACACAGAAAUGAACAAUUAUUGAAUACUACUUUCCUUUUACAAAAGUCGACUUUAGAGAAUAAUUCGUUAGAAAAAAAAAUAAUUGAAUUAAAAGCUAAAACAUAUAGAAAAGAUCAAGAAAUAAAAAAAUUGCAGGAGACAAACAGUAGAAGAAAAUUAGUUAGCAACUGUAGCAUUGAAAGUGUUGAUGGAAAUGAUGGCAUUAAGGAUGGUAUGGUCAACAUAUUAAAAAAUGAUAGUAUAAAUAAAGGAAAUUUUAGAUUUAUGCCAAGAAAGGCAAAUGAUAAAGAAAAAAAUUUAGGUUUAUCAGAAAAUUCAAAUAAAAUUACUAGAGCAAAAGAAUCUCUUAAUUCAAAUGAGGGUGAUCCAAUUUAUAUAGCUUUGUAUGAGCAUCUUAAUUGUUAUAAUAGAAAUAAUACUCCAUUUAAAAUAAAGAAAGUGGAUACAAACACCUAUUUAUUGAAUGACAAAAGAGUUAUAAUAAAAUUUAUUAAUGGUGAUCUUUAUGUAGAAGACAACACUUAUCCUGUAAAAUUACAAGAUUACCUUUUAAAAAUAAGUGCAUAUUAA